ACCUCACAGAGGUAGCUCCUCCGCCGGCAGCAACUCGGCGCCCGCGGUCCAUGGACCGGAACCCCGGGCUGACGGGCAGGAACCCGGGCCGCGAUCGCCGCCUCCCCGCCCCAGGCUCCUCCUCCUCGCUCCCCACCGCCUUCUCCCGACGCCCGCGGGCCGCGCACCGCCACCGCCGGGCUCGCGGAGCCGCCCCGGGAGGCUGGGUGGGGGGGGUUCGCGGCCGCCGCCGGACUGAGGCCUACUCCGCCGCCUCUCAGUGCUAUUGUCCCUGGGCCCGGCCCUAACCGGGCCCACUGGGGAGGCGAGUGCGCCGCCUCCGACGAAGAUGCCGGACCAAGCCCUACAGCAGAUGCUGGACAGAAGUUGCUGGGUGUGUUUUGCCACUGAUGAAGAUGAUAGAACAGCUGAAUGGGUGAGACCAUGCAGAUGCAGAGGAUCUACAAAAUGGGUUCACCAGGCUUGUCUGCAGCGCUGGGUGGAUGAAAAACAAAGAGGAAACAGUACAGCCAGAGUGGCAUGUCCCCAGUGCAAUGCCGAAUACUUAAUAGUUUUUCCAAAGUUGGGUCCAGUUGUUUACGUCUUGGAUCUUGCAGAUAGACUGAUCUCAAAAGCCUGUCCAUUUGCUGCAGCAGGAAUAAUGGUUGGCUCUAUCUAUUGGACAGCUGUGACUUAUGGAGCGGUGACAGUGAUGCAGGUUGUAGGCCAUAAAGAAGGUCUGGAUGUUAUGGAGAGAGCUGAUCCUUUAUUCCUGUUAAUUGGACUUCCUACUAUUCCUGUCAUGCUGAUAUUAGGCAAGAUGAUUCGCUGGGAGGACUAUGUGCUUAGACUAUGGCGCAAAUACUCAAAUAAACUACAAAUUUUGAACAGUAUAUUCCCAGGGAUUGGUUGUCCUGUUCCUCGAAUUCCAGCUGAGGCUAACCCUUUAGCAGAUCAUGUCUCUGCAACCCGAAUUUUGUGUGGAGCCCUUGUUUUUCCUACUAUUGCAACAAUAGUUGGUAAACUAAUGUUCAGUAGUGUUAACUCUAAUUUACAAAGGACAAUCUUGGGUGGAAUUGCUUUUGUUGCCAUUAAAGGGGCAUUCAAGGUUUACUUCAAACAGCAGCAAUAUUUACGUCAGGCACACCGCAAAAUUCUAAAUUAUCCAGAGCAAGAAGAAGCAUAAAACUGUGACUUCUCGUUGUUCUGCAGUCCUCUCAUUCUUAUGAGUCUGUUGUGUUGUUUUGAUUCCAUCAUUAAUGCACAGUAGUGGAGACUUGCGAUAAGCUGCUGCUCUCAUAUUUUUAAGAAGUAAAAUAAAGCACUUAGGGAAGGGGAAACCCUCUCAGUAAUCACGGAACCUAAGGAUGUGAUUUGUUUUCAUUGUUUUGUAUGUACUUCUUUUAUGGCCGUCAUCUGAACCAUUAUCUUAGCAUGGUGAACUUGAGUUUUGUUCAUAUUUUCUUCAGACAGAAAUGUAAAGAUCAAACUGUGCAAAUAUUUAAAAAUGCACAUGCUGUUUUAUUCAAAGGUGUCUUUUGUACAUGUUCAUGUUCAGUGUUUUCUUAGAAUCAGCAACUCAAUGAAGGUACUAUGAGGAUUUUUCUCACUGGCAUAAUUUGAUUACAAGUUAAACAGGAGUAUAUGUUAAUAUUAGGAAAUGUAAAUUAGUUAUACAUAAUUAACAAACCAAAAAUGUAUGUAAACAUUCAAAUGAUUAUCUGAACAAAUGCAAUUUUGUUGUGUUUUUCUUAACCCAUGUGAUGUCCUCCAAAAUGUGUAGGGUAAAAAUUCACAGGGCUUCCAGAUCACUUUUUCACUAUUAAAUUUUAUUUAUAUAAUGU